AUGAUCUUCCUGCCCUCGCCAAGUUCUCCCCGACGAUCCAGCUCUCGUCAAGCCCCGCUCUCGGGUCGGAUCGACCCUAAGAUCCAGGCCGACGCUGAGAGGCGGAACCGCCUGCUCGAGAAAGAGGAGAAACGCUACCGGAUCCUCCACAAGAACUGGGGCCGCUCUGAUCAAACUCCUCCGGCCUCUGUCCCGACCCCGUUACCGACUCCGUCUCCGUCGUUUCAGUCCAAGUCUCCGUCUGCCAAGAAGUCUGUCCGUUUUCAGCUCACGACCGCCCCUGCUACCGACUUCGUCUCCGUCGCCUCGAUCCAAGCCUCCGAAGAUCAAGCCCUGAUUAACGCCCUGGUCUGCCAAGUAGAGUCUCACGAGAGAUUCGAACAGUGGAACGAACUCGAACCGUUGAUGCCCCGGGAUCCAGUCCAGCUCGAGCCAAGCUCCGGCCUUGACCAGACCGUCCCUAGACCCCCAUCGUACCGCACGCCCGUUAAGUAUCUGCCUCUAGAGAAAGAGACUGUCGAUCACCUCCGGGAGAUAGACUUCAUCGAGCCCGAUCCGAGUCCGCACGCCGCUUCUGUCCUCUUCGCUCCGAAACCGAACACGACCGCCCGCCGCUUCUGCAUCGACUACCGUUGGAUGAACGAUCAUCUUAAAAGUCGCAUCACGCCCGCUCCGUCCUCGAAGAUCGAUGUGAUCCAGGCCUUCCACCGUCUCCGCAUGGACCCUGACUCCGAGUAUUUGACCGCCUUUCGCACCCGUUUCGGAACUUUCCGCUGGAAAGUCCUCCCGUUCGGUCUGAAGGUAGGUCCCGCCUGGUUCCAGCAGUUUAUCAACGCGCAGCUUCACGAUCUCCUCGACCGAUUUAACGUGACCAAGGUUGACUACCUCGGCGUUCUGCUUGAAGCCGGUGUGGGCCUUAGUGUCGACCCUCGGAAAGUUCGAUCGAUACAAGACUGGAAGUUUGAGGACCUCCGAGACCGCACCGCGAUCCGAUCAUUCGUUGGCCUAUGCAACUUCAUCCGUGUUUUCUGCUACCACGCCUCUGGAGUGGCAGAACCCUUGAACCGGUUGCUUAAGAAGGAUGUUGCCUUUGUGAUGGGCCCGGAGCAACGCGAAGCAUUUGAUCAACUCAAGCGCCUGGCUAUCGAAGCCCCGGUCCUCGCCUUCUUUAGACCAGAACUGCCGACCCGACUGGAGACCGAUGCCUCCCGGAAUGCCACAGCUGGUGUUCUAUGGCAGGAACAGCCUGAUCAGACCUGGAAGCCCGUUGGAUUCUUCUCUAAGACCAUGACCCCGGCCGAGCGAGCCUACCCAAUCCAAGAUCGAGAGCUCCUCGCCGUCGUACAGAGUCUAGAGCACUUCUACCCAGAGCUCUUAGGCCAGAAGUUCGAUGUGAUCACCGAUCACGAAGCCUUAGUCCAUUUCUCUACGCGCCUGCUCUCGGUACGACAGAUCAGAUGGUCCGACUUUCUCGCCCAGUUCGACAUCCGUUUCCUCUACCGCCCCGGUCGACUGAACGUAGUCGCCGAUGCCCUCUCCAGGAAGACAGCGGAGCUCCCUACCGUAAAGGCCCGGGAAGCCGAGGAACGCACGGUGACCCUGAUCCCUCCGGAAAGGCUAGGCUUCGCGACCGACUCUCUAGACCCUACGGCCGCCGGCAACCUGCCCUCAGAACUUUAG